UCUGAAAUAUUGCGGGUAAGACCUGGUAGGAACUUGUUUGAUCGUUACGAGCGGGCUGUUAUAUUCGUAAGUGUCUACCGUCGCAGUCGUCCAGUACGACUACAAUGCCUACAAAAGACGAAUGUGCUUUUUCCACCUAUAAAACAAAUAACUUUGGUGAUAAAUUUUUGGAAGAAAAAUGGAUUACUAGUGGAAGCUUAGGAUCACGGGAUACUGUACUUGUUUUUCGACAUAAGAGUUUAGAAAAGAAAUCGAAGGACAUUAUAUUGUCUUCGAAAAAUGAAAUUUCAGAUACCAAUACGAAGAACGCUGUUUUUAACGAUUUCGUUGCAAAGGACGUUUCUGGGCUUAAACUUUAUAACAAGGGUUUACCUUCUAUAGAUGUUAUUCGAAAAGACAACGUAGCGCUGCCAAAACAUUUUACUAACUUUUUGGAAACGGAUAUUUCAAAAUUUCACAGCGAGGCUUGUGAAGUAGAUCCUGGCGAAAAAGUUGUAUUAGCUAGAAAAGAGUUUUCUCAAUCUAAUAUGGAGCGAAGUAAUUCCUACGAAACUUGUCAAGACACAAAUAAAGUUUAUGAGGAGGAUGACGACGAAGUUAUUAUGCAAUUCUCGAAUAUGCCAGCUUAUAAAAUGAAAAUUAAGUAUAAGUUUAUGCAAACUGAAACCAAGCUUUUGAGAAAAAUUUUUGCUUGUCAUGGUUUGUCGGAAGUCGGGGAAAAUGAGAGUUUCAGCAUUCUUUGGACAGGAGUACAUAUCAAACCUGAUAUUCUAAGAAAUCUUGCGCCUUAUCAACGUGUUAAUCACUUUCCAAGGUCUUAUGAAUUAACACGUAAAGAUCGUUUGUACAAAAAUAUUGAGAAAAUGCAACAUUUGCGUGGUAUAAAAAAUUUUGAUAUCGUACCACAGUCUUUCGUUUUGCCAAUUGAAUAUAAGGAACUAGUUUCAGCGCAUAAUAAAAAUCGCGGUCCGUGGAUUGUAAAACCAGCUGCUUCUAGUCGUGGACGUGGUAUUUUUAUUGUUAAUACACCAGAUCAAAUACCGCAAGAUGAGCAAGUUCUAGUUUGCAAAUACAUUACCGAUCCCUUAUGCAUCGAUGGUCAUAAAUGCGAUUUACGUGUUUACGUACUUGUUACGUCAUUUGAUCCACUAAUUAUUUAUAUUUAUGAAGAAGGUCUUGUUAGACUAGCUACAGUAAAAUAUGACCGUGCUGCUGAAAACCUAUGGAAUCCUUGUAUGCAUCUUUGUAACUACAGCAUUAAUAAAUAUCACUCAGAUUAUAUUAAAUCUAGUGAUGCCGAAACUGAAGAUGUUGGUCAUAAGUGGACUCUCUCCGCUUUAUUACGACAUUUAAAAUCACAAGGUUGUAAUACUAAUGAAUUAAUGGGGAACAUUGAAGAUUUGAUAAUUAAAUCCAUAUUUGCUUGUGCUCAAACUAUUAUAUCAGCUUGUCGCAUGUUUGUUCCAAGUGGUAGCAAUUGUUUUGAAUUGUACGGAUUUGAUAUCUUAAUAGAUAGUAGUCUUAAACCUUGGCUUUUGGAAGUUAAUUUAUCUCCCUCAAUGGGCGUUGAUAGUCCGUUAGACUCUAAAGUAAAAGCAUGUCUUAUUACGGAUCUCUUAACCUGUAUUGGUAUUCCAGCAUAUUCUACUGAGAUGCGAGCCCAAUACGACAACAAAUGGACGCGUUUUCGUAAUAUAAACUCCACUCGACGAAUUACAUUAGCGGAUCAAUACAUGAGCGGCAAUUGUAACGGCACACGUCGUUUGACAGCGAGCUCCAUCCCUAUACAACAAACACUUACGCUAGAAGAGCAAAGAAUUAUUAAAAAUGCGAGAUUACAAUAUGAUAGGCGAGGUGGAUUUGUUCGUAUUUUCCCGACAGAUGAUAGCAUGCAACGCUACGGUAGCUUUCUUGACAAUUCUACAGGAAUACCAAUAUCAACUCCAAUGGCACAUGGGCAAAUGCCGUACUCUAUGAUCCUACCCCAUAAUUAUAACCAAGUUUUAUUUAACUGCUUAUAUGCGAGUGCAAAUGAUAAAAAAGAAAGUAAUGAACUUUUACAAAGAAUGUGUCAAUAUGAACGUGCACUAGCCGUUGGAUCAUUAGUGUCAUUUAGUAGUAAAAAUCUUAAAUUAAAAUCUGAGGAAGAAGGAAAACGUUUACGCAAUGAAAUUAUAAAAUUGAUUGAUAAUGGCUCUGAACUAACUCAAUUGCAAGCUAGGCAGGCAUUCGCAUUAUACUUAGAAGCAAUUUUACAUCGAAUCACUCAUGAACCGAGAGAUUUUCAUGAAAAGAUAAUUUUAAAAUUCUUGAAUAGGUUAGGGGGCAAUAUUAAAACACCGACAGUACUUUUUCAUAACCCACAGAACUCUCGUGGUAAUAGCAAAGCCAGAACAGCUAUGGUCGCAAAACAGUUGGGCGAUUUUCUUGAGCAAUACAAUCGAGAUACGGAAGCUUACGUGGAUUCGUUUGAUCAUUUCGGUAUGAUACCUAGUGGAUUAUUCGGUGACUUUUUGGCUCAAUCUCAAGAGGCAGAUUUGGAAGCUGUCCUAGCACUUCAUACGAAUGUUACUGGUAACAUGCCGUACCUUUAUAACAGAUUUGGAUUAUCAGUGCCUCAAACCCCUCCUAUACCAUCUGGAUUACAUGGGUUUCUAAGGGCUUUGCCAGCUAUGGUGUUAACUGGUUCUGUCGCCAGAGACUUUAAUAAAUUUGACGGAUAUUAUAAAAACAACGAAAAGAAUUUUAAUAUCUUAAGAAAUUGAAAUUUGAUUAAAACGUCCAACAAUCAAAUAAAUAAUAAAUUAAAUGCUUUAAACAAUUAAGUAAACAGUAUUGGUUGAAUCUACCAAUAGAUAUAAUCAUCCUAUCUUUCACCUAUUUCACAUCAAAAUUCGCAAAUUUUUAGCUUAAAUUUUAAAUAGUAAAACUUUAAAUUAACCACCGCUUGUGAUUAUAAAAAUUGUCUGUAGCUUCUCGGAAUUUAUUAUGUAAUACGUUUCAAGUAUAUCUUAAUUUAUAUAUUUAUAACUAAAUUAAAUACCUCCCAAUGUAAAGUUUAAAUUACACUUUUUUAA